UUCCAUUCCUCCGGUAUUACUUUGUUUUCAUGGGUGGUACCAGCCGCCUUCUGGAAGUGUUCGUUAACAUUAAGUUUGACAGCACUUUCGUCCGUUAGUAAAUCCUUGGAAUUCCUUGAUAAGCAGCGGUCAAGUACUAUGGUUCUUCUUGAACGAUUUAAGGUGGAGUCUAACAUUUUACCAGGUUGUAAAGCGUAG